CAAGAUUGCUGUUGUAUACAGAAGCCAAUGAUCUAUUUGGUAUCCUUUGAAUUUCGAGAGUCCAUAGGAUGAUGUCUGCGGAACAGAAAGUGCAACAGAUACACACAAGCCUUCUGACUUCCAUUUCGGAUACAAUGGUAGAAACAGACAAAGAGUACGAGAACUUCAUCACCCAUAUGUGUGUAUACGUUAAACCUGGCCUUAUAUUGCAACACAAAACGACUUUAGGAAAACUGAGAGCUCUGGAGAAAAAGAAACUUCUUGGACCUGGAAAUUAUAAAAUUCUUAAAGAAAUAUGUAUUAACAGCGGGAACAAUUACCUGACACACGACAUAGAGACUGCUGAAAAAGAAAUAAUGAAGGUUCGGAAGGAAUAUGGAGAAGGAGCCAAAGCUGGAUCCAAACAAUCGAAUAGUGUGGCUGAGUGCACUAAUGAUAUUAAUCAGCAGACUCAACAAAGAAACCGAAACGAAAGAACUAGAAAACGACCACCUUCAGAUGUAUCUGAUCAAGCCCCUUUUGGAUCAAAACAAGCGAAACGUGAGUAUGAAUCACAAGGGACGAAAAGGCGAGACAGUACAUGUAUACCUAGAAAUCAGCAUUCUGCGGACACGUCUUACAGUACCACGGAAGUACAGCAGGAAUACAGCAGAUGGUAUUUUGCUUGGCUAGGACUAAGAUGUGUUCUUGAUGUACUUAAGCCUUUCUGCAAUGAGAUUGUAAACGAGCAGCAUCGUGGUCAUAUGAGUAAGGUGAAACAAAAGCAACAACAUUAACAAUAUAGCGUGCGGCCAA